AUGGCGGAAGUUCCAGCUCCGCUAAAUGACAAGCCGAGCAUCCCCAAUGGUGAGCCUCGCACAUCAGAGGUGCUGACAGAGGCGAUGGCAGAAGCAAUCGCCCAAAAAGCACAAGAACCUGAGAAAGGCCAGCAGCCAAAGGGUUGCUCUUCCAGGUUGCAAAGAUUUGAGCAAUGCUUGGAUCGACUGCCGUUUCCACCGAGCAUUGCUCCUCUACGGUGCUUGCGACGUGAGGGCUGCGCCUUUCGAUGUUGUGAGGCCAACAAAUGUUGCUUUCGGUUCGGGAGUCUGGGAUGCCAAAUCUGCGGAAAUUUCAGGAAGCUGCUGUUGAUGGUCUCGCUGUCUCUGUCAAUGAUUGGUGUGCUGCUAAGGGCUUUGCCGGCUGCAGCCCUCAGCACUGACAGAGGAAAUUUGCAUUCGUAUCCCUGGGCUUACGGUGAUUACAGUUGCUUGCAGCAAAACAAAUGCGGUGGGCUGGAGGCAAAAAUCUAUAUUGGCCUGGAAUCGCUGCUAGUGGAUGCUCCCCAGAUGUACAAGGCCAUCCCAUGGGCGGCAGAUGAUUGCGUGGCAAACCUGAGCUCCUUGGGUGCUGGAAGCUAUUGUAGCAUUUGUCGUGAUGCCUCGCGAGGUUGCGCAGCAAUGGCUUUCCUAUCCAUCGCUUGCAGCCUAUUCAACCUUUGGGCAGACAUCCAGCGCAUGAGAGCCAUGAAUGACCACAAUUUCAUUAAAGCAGUGGCUAUUGUGAGCAACAUCCUUGGCGCCUUACAACUCAUGCUGGCCGUGUCCAUCUUCCAGAUGCUGUGUGUGGCAGAGUUCCCCUUGGAGGAUGCAGAUCAAACUUUCAGUUUCAAAGUCUCAGUGGGACGCUGGGCGCUGAAGCGGCUGGAUGACAAGGCUAGUGCCUGUGGAAUCAACUUCUUCAACGUGCUGGUUCAUUGGGCUAUUUCUGUACCAGAAGCCCGCUGGAAAUCAGGCGCUGUGAUGGACCCUGCACCACCCAACUUUUGGCCCUCCAUCGAACGGCCUUUGAAAUUGCAAUCUGUGGUGCCUGAGGCGCACGCAGCUGUGGCACAGGGCUGGGUUGGAGACGAUCCUGCCAGUGUAUUGGUUCCGGUGCACGAUCGGCCGGUGGAACAGGCGGCAGAGGCAGACGCAGAGGCACUUGAGAUGUGGAUGAGAUGCUGCAAUCAUCUGCAAUCUGAGAACGUAACUUGUUUAUACCAUAUUUGGAAUUUAGAUGAAACAUCAUUGAAUUGA